GUGAGAGCAUGAAGAGAGUCGCCCACCCACGGACGGGAAACUGCAGGUCAACAGGUACUUUGUUCACGGGGAAAUUUUAAGGAACCCACAAAGUUUCCUCGAGUAACGGCAACAAAGGUGAAGAUCAAGGAUCCCAAAAUGGAAUUUAAUUUGAAGUCGACAGCUGUAAUGCUUUAUGACCGGUUGAUGCAAAAUGCAGACUCGCGCACAGACGACUGGUUCCUCAUGUCGUCCCCUUUCCCACAAACGAUCGUCAUUGCGGCGUACAUUUACUUUGUCACGUCGCUCGGGCCUCGGCUAAUGGAGAACCGCAAGGCAUUCGACCUCAAAGGACUCCUGAUUUUUUACAACUUCAGCGUGGUCGCCCUCUCGUUGUACAUGAUCUAUGAGUUCGUAAUGUCGGGUUGGGGCACCGGAUACACUUUUCACUGCGACCUGGUCGACUACUCCGAUUCACCACAGGGCGUGAGGAUGGCAGCAGCGUGUUGGCUUUACUACUUCUCAAAGUUUAUUGAGAUGCUGGACACUGUGUUCUUUGUCUUGAGGAAGAAGUACAGCCAGGUGACCUUUCUUCAUGUCUACCAUCACUCCAUCAUGCCUUUCACCUGGUGGUUUGGUGUUCGUUUUGCUGCAGGUGGCAUGGGAACGUUCCAUGCCAUGCUCAACUGUGUCGUCCAUGUCUUCAUGUACUCGUAUUACGGCCUGACUGCCAUGGGCCCCAGUUACCAGAAGUACCUGUGGUGGAAGAAAUACCUCACUACCAUCCAGCUGAUCCAGUUUGUCAUGGUGACCACCCACAUCUUUCAGUAUUUCUUCAUGGACUGCCCCUACCAGUUCCCCAUCUUUGUGUACAUCAUCGGCCUGUACGGCCUGAUUUUCCUGGUCCUCUUCCUCAACUUCUGGUACCACGCCUACACCAAGGGCAAGAGGCUGCCUAAAGUGCUGCAGGCUCAGACAUGGGCACACCACACCAACGGAGUUAUGAAUGGAAACGCCAAUCAUGAAAAAGACGAGUGACGCACAACUCGGGUGUUCCGAGGGUUUCGGGGUUGACCUCACUUACGCACACACCCAGGAAACGGGAGAGCACACUGACCGGUCUGUCAGAUAUCAGUAUGUCCUUCAGCGCUUAAGUGGUCCAUAAUGAUUCCACCAUCAACAAAUGGCCCCAUGAGCUGUUUAUUGAGCACCACUCAAAUUGCUCUGUCGUGGCAAAUGUGUGAGCUUGUCGUACAUAAGCGGCCAUAGAUGUCAGUGUGAGAUUACAACAACAAAGAAGUCAUUGAAAGUCAGUUUUAUCUUCCAUGUAAAUGUAUUGCUGUAUAUGAUUCUGGUUGACCGGAGAGAUGGGGGCAGUCGGCGGGGUUGGCACCAACCCUCGAUGGGCACGGAUGGUCGCUCUCCGCCACGAUGAGCUUUAACAGCCCCAAUUUUUUUUUGUGUCUCUGAGCCGCCCUCGCAGGCUUCUAUUGUGGGAGAAGAAAGAAUAAUUAGGUCAUUAUCAGGCUGAAUUUGUGAGCCAGCUCAUCAUUGUAAAUACAUGUAACACACACACAUGGGGUGAGUCAGUGAAAUGAAGUUUGUUGUUGCCUUUCUUUUUCUUUUCUUUUCUUCUUUUUUUUUUUUUUACCAAAAAAUGCCACGCAAGUUGAUUUUAAAAAAACAUUUUUAAUGUUAGAUUUAAGUUGUAUUUGAUGGCUUCAGUAGUUUUGUAUUUGCAUUUUAGACAAAAUGUGCUCAGUGAAGACGGGAGAAUGAUAAUCAGGCUCAAUGUGAACACAAGUCACCUGCGUGUUUCAAGGCUUGUGUUUGUUUGGCUAAUUGCUUCGGAUAUGUCCAAUAAUAUCUAAAUCAAUAACCAAGGGGCAAACUAUGACUCCCCAAGUUGUAAUUAAUUACAGAGAUACAGCACGGUCCAUAUUCAGCCUUCAUCUGGUCUGAGAACGGAAGUGAACAUGUUAUCUCACUGUUGUUUUCUUUGUCUUUUAGAGUGAGUCUAUAAAUAAAUUCACCAAGAUUUA